AUCAGUACAGCUGCUGUGGAAGCAGAAUCUAUGGAAGAAGCUUUUAAGAGCAGAAGCACACGCGUGGCCAUAUCUAACCCAAAAUGAGAGACGCCAGCCCCGGGAGGCGGUGGGAGAUGUCGGCGGGCGGCGGGAAGCGUGUCUGAGCCCAGCAGCCCGUGCCAGGUCUCCAGAGGUCAGACCACGGCGCUUUCCGCGUUUGUACAUCUCCCCUCCUCCCUUUCCUUUCCCCCUCUCCAUGUGUAUUUUGUCUCCUCCUCCCGUGCGUGCCCGUCUUUGCAUCCCCGCUCCUCUCCCUGCCCUCCUCCGGAUCGAUCGCCGGCCGGGCUCUGCCAAGGGCCGGGCACUUGCUGGGCUCGUCCCCGUUGCCCGCUGUGUUUUUUUUGCCGAGUCAAGGGUGUCUCUUCGGAGGCUCGGCGAGAUGCUGCUCGCGGUGCUGUGAUCGCAUAGCAACACAGCAGCCGGGGCGGUGGAGGAGGAGAGCAGCGGUGCCGGGGCUCAGCAUGCAUCCCUGGCACAGGGACUCCGCUGCUGAUUCACACAGCCAGCCCCGAGCCCGCUGCCCCCGCGCCCUGGACCUGCCCGCCUCGGAAGGUGCUCCAUCCCCAUGACCAUCAGCUCUGAUGCAGCCCCUGGUGAUGCAGGAAUGGCUCUAUGUCCUCCCACGAUGUCCUGAGUGGCACAUCCCGGAGCAGGCGCAGCACAGCAGCGCUGCCCGCCCACUGUCCCAGGUUGAAGCCUCACAGGAUGGUGCAGGACCUUCGUGUGUGACCCCCCGGGCUCCAAGCAGUGCUGCCGGGCCCCAGGCCCCUCUGGAGAUGAAUCUUUGCUGGAACGAGAUCAAAAAAAAGUCCCACAGCCUUCGGGCUCGGCUGGAGGCCUUCUCUGACCACAGUGGGAAGCUGCAGGUGCCCCUGCAGGAGAUCAUUGACUGGCUGGGGCAGAAGGAUGAGGAGCUGUCGGCGCAGCUGCCCCUGCGGGGGGAUGUUCUCCUGGUGCAGCAGGAGAAGGAGACACACGCGGCUUUCAUGGAAGAAGUGAAGUCUCGGGGACCAUACAUUUACUCUGUCCUGGAGUCAGCACAGGCUUUCCUUUCCCAGCACCCGUUUGAGGAAUUAGAAGAACCAGCUUUGGAAAGCAAAGAUGUGUCUCCCCGGCACCGGAUCCAGAACAUCAGCCGCUUCGUGUGGAAGCAGGCCAACGUGGCCAGCGAGCUCUGGGAGAAGCUCACGGCCCGCUGUGUGGACCAGCACCGCCACAUUGAGCGCACCCUGGAGCAGCUGCUGGAGAUUAAAGGGGCUAUGGAGGAGCUCAGCACCACCCUGGACCAGGCUGAAAGCGUGCGGGAGACCUGGGAGCCCAUCGGGGAUCUCUUCAUUGACUCCUUGCCCGAGCACAUCCAGUCAACCAAGCUGUUCAAAGAGGAGCUCUCCCCCAUGAAGGAUGGGGUGAAAGUGGUCAAUGACCUUGCACACCAGCUUGCCAUCUCAGAUGUCCACCUGUGCAUGGAGAAUUCCCGCACCCUGGAGCAGAUCAACACCCGCUGGAAACAGCUGCAGGCCUCCAUAAACGAACGCCUGAAGCAGCUCCAGGAUGCCCACCGAGACUUUGGACCAGGCUCCCAGCACUUCCUCUCCUCCUCUGUCCAGGUCCCCUGGGAGCGAGCCAUUUCCCCCAACAAAGUGCCAUACUACAUCAACCACCAGGCCCAGACGACGUGCUGGGACCACCCAAAGAUGACAGAGCUGUACCAGACGCUGGCGGAUUUGAACAACAUCAAGUUCUCGGCGUAUCGGACGGCCAUGAAGCUGCGGCGGGUGCAGAAAGCCCUUCGAUUGGACAUGGUCACCCUGGCCACGGCUUUGGAGAUCUUCAAUGAGCACGACCUGCAGCCCAGCGACCGGGCGAUGGACGUGGUGGAGGUCAUCCACUGCCUGACCGCCCUGUACGAGCGGCUGGAGGAGGAGCGGGGCAUCCUGGUCAACGUGCCCCUCUGCGUGGACAUGAGCCUCAACUGGCUGCUGAAUGUCUUUGACAGUGGCCGCAGCGGGAAGAUGAGGGCUCUCUCCUUCAAGACGGGCAUCGCGUGUCUGUGCGGGACAGAGGUCAAGGAGAAGUUCCAGUAUCUCUUCAGCCAAGUGGCCAACGCCGGGGGGCUGUGCGACCAGCGGCACCUCGGCGUGCUGCUCCACGAGGCCAUCCAGGUCCCACGCCAGCUGGGGGAGGUGGCAGCGUUCGGGGGCAGCAACGUGGAGCCCAGCAUCCGCAGCUGCUUCCGCUUCAGCAAUGGGAAGUCUGCCAUCGAGGCGUCCCAGUUCCUGGAGUGGGCCAACCUGGAGCCACAGUCCAUGGUGUGGCUGGCGGUGCUGCACCGGGUGACCAUGGCCGAGCAGGUGAAGCACCAGACCAAGUGCUCCGUGUGCCGGCAGUGCCCCAUCAAGGGGUUCAGGUAUCGGAGCCUGAAGCAGUUCAAUGUGGAUAUCUGCCAGACCUGCUUCCUCACCGGGCGAGCCAGCAAGGGCAACAAGCUGCACUACCCCAUCAUGGAGUACUACACCCCGACCACAUCCACUGAGAACAUGAGAGACUUUGCCACGACACUGAAGAACAAGUUUCGGUCCAAGCAGUACUUCAGCAAGCACCCCCAGAGAGGGUACCUGCCCGUCCAGUCCGUGCUCGAGGCUGACUGCUCUGAGACCCCAGCCUCCUCCCCGAUGCUACCACAUGCUGACACACACUCCCGGAUCGAGCACUUUGCCAGCAGGCUUGCAGAGAUGGAAAGCCAGAACUGUUCCUUCUUCAGUGAUAGCCUGUCCCCUGAUGACAGCCUGGACGAGGACCAGUACCUGCUGCGCCAUUCCAGCCCCAUCACCGACAGAGAGCCUGGGGGCAGCCAGCAGGCUCCAGGAAGCCUCAACAUGGAUGACAAGGGAGAGCUGGAGAGAGUCCUGGCCCACUUAGAGGAUGAAAACAGGAUCCUCCAGGGAGAGCUGAGACGUUUGAAGUGGCAGCAUGAUGAGGCAGUGGAGUCUCCAACCUUGGCUGCAGGCUCUCCUGAGUCAGUGCAAGACCCGUGCAACGACGAGCUGCUGGCAGAGGCGCGAAUCCUCCGGCAGCACAAGAGCCGCCUGGAGACGCGGAUGCAGAUCCUGGAGGACCACAACAAGCAGCUGGAGUCACAGCUGCACAGGCUGAGGGAGCUGCUGCUGCAGCCUCCAGCAGAGUCAGAAGGCAAUGGUUCAGCAGCCUCCUCCUUGGCUUCAUCUCCACAUCAGUCAGAAGGCAGCCAGGCAAAGGAGAAGGAACACAACACCCCUGACACUGAAACUGCAGAUGAGGUGGAAGCCAAAACCCAGGAGGUCAGCAUGUGCCUGGAAGACAUCAUGGAGAAGCUGCGGAGCGCCUUCCCCAACUCUCGAGGUAUGACCUCCCUUAUCUAACAGCUCCUGUGAGCCAGAGGCUUUUCCUAACCAGCUACCUGGCUGCUUUCCUCCCCCUCUCUCCCUGCCAUGCUCCCUGUGCUGCAGCAGACCUCACACAGACUCCCUCCGAGCUGGUGGUGCAGGAUGCUUGCCAGCUCCAGAAGAUCUCAGGGGAAUGUAGGUCAUGCAGGAGUGGGACUGUGGGCUCCCCAGGAGGCUGGUUUGGUCGCUCAGCCACAGUGCCCAGGCCUGGGUGGGGUGGUUCAGAAGAAAGAACUGAAGCCAUGAGAACUGCCUGUCUCCCCUGGCACCCACAGGCUGCUGCCUUUGCCUGUAGCCCUCAGGGGAUGCAGAGCUCAGCAUCCCACUCUUCAUUUAUGCCCAGGAGCCUCCAGGUCUGUGGGCACCAAAACACUCCUGGAGCCACAGAAUUUUUAAAAUAACUCUUUAUAACAAUAACCAGCUGCCAGCCUUAUAGUUUGAACUCUGCCACCCAAGGCUCUGCAGCCAGCCAGGCACAUACCACCAGGAGAGAGUCUGUGAGGUUUAUGGAGUAGGGAUUGAGUCCAUGUUAGAGCUUCAGCCCAGCUAGUAGCCUUAUAUUGA